GCAGCAGGUGGGAGGAGAGUCCGGGAGCAACUUGGGCUGGAAGCGGAGAAGCAACUGGGCUGAAGCCUCUCAGCUGCGGCUGCUGCAGGUUCCUUCCCUCCCCAAAUGGAAGCCCACUGGUGCUGCAGGCUGGGAAACUGGGGGCUGCAAUUUCUGCUGACAAAGAAGAUGGCAAUGAGCACUCUGGACAACUGAGGAUAACAAACAACUUUGAAUAGCAAAACAAGUCAGUCCAGAAAUCAAAAUAUUUUCCAUUUCCUUCAGAGAGUCCCCCAGCAGGUGAGAGAGAAAUGAGAGAAAAUCAAGAAGAGAUUUCUAACUGGAGAGAACCCCUACAAGUGUUCCCAAUAUGGUAAAUGCUUUAGCAAGCAUGGCAACGUGGACUUACAACAAGGAGAAACCGUUUGAAUGUCCUAAUUGUGAGAAAUGUUUCAGUAACAAUUACAACCUGAUGACACACCAGAGGACUCAUACAGGAGAGAAACCAUUUGAAUGUCGUGAUUGUGGGAAAUGUUUUGUUCAGAAUUCCAGCCUGGUUCAACACCAGAGGACUCACACAGGAGAGAAACCCUUUAAAUGUCCUGACUGUGGGAAAAGUUUCCGUCAAAAUUCCAACCUCAUUGGCCACCAGAGGAUUCACACAGGAGAGAAACCCUUUGAAUGUCCUGACUGUGGGAAAAGUUUCAGUCAUAAUUCCAGCCUGGUUAAACACCAGAGGACUCAUACAGGAGAGAAACCCUUUGAAUGUCCUGAUUGUGGGAAAUGUUUCAGUCAAAAUUCCAGUCUGGUUCAACACCAGAGGACUCACACAGGAGAGAAACCCUUUGAAUGUCCUGAUUGUGGGAAAUGUUUCGUUCAGAAUUCCAGCCUGGUUCAACACCAGAGGACUCACACAGGAGAAAAACCCUUUAAAUGUCCUGACUGUGGGAAAAGUUUCAGUCAGAAUUCCAACCUCAUUGGCCACCAGAGGAUUCACACAGGAGAGAAACCCUUUGAAUGUCCUGACUGUGGGAAAAGUUUCAGUCAGAAUUCCAGCCUGGUUCAACACCAGAGGACUCAUACAGGAGAGAAACCCUUUGAAUGUCCUGAUUGUGGGAAGUGUUUCAGUCAGAAUUCCAGUCUGGUUCAACACCAGAGGAUUCAUACAGGAGUGAAACCCUUUGAAUGUCCUGAUUGUGGGAAAAGUUUCAGUCAGAAUUCCAGCCUGGUUAAACACCAGAGGACUCAUACAGGAGCGAAACUGUACGAGUUUCCAGACUGUAGGACAAGUUUCAGUCAGAAUUCCAGCCUGGUUGAGCACCAGAUGACUCACACAGGAGAGAAACGCUUGAAAUGUCCUGACUGUGGGAAAAGUUUCAGUCAGAAUUCUAGUCUGAUUAAACACCAGAGGAUUCACACAGGAGUGAAACCCUUUGAAUGUCCUGACUGUGAGAAAAGUUUCAGUCAAAAUUCCAACCUCAUUGGCCACCAGAGGACUCACACAGGAGAAAAACCCUUUGAAUGUCCUGAUUGUGGGAAAAGUUUCAGUCGGAAUUCCAACCUCAUUGGCCACCAGAGGAUUCACACAAGAGAGAAACCCUUUGAAUGUCCUGACUGUGAGAAAAGUUUCAGUCAUUAUUCCAGCCUGGUUCAACACCAGAGGACUCAUACAGGAGAGAAGCCCUUUGAAUGUUCUGAUUGUGGUAAAAGUUUCAGUAACAAUUCCAACCUGGUUAAACACCAGAGGAUUCACACAGGAGAGAAACCCUUUGAAUGUCCUGAUUGUGGGAAAAAUUUCAGUCAGAAUUCCAGCCUGGUUAAACACCAGAGGACUCAUACAGGAGGGAAACUGUACGAGUUUCCAGACUGUAGGACAAGUUUCAGUCAGAAUUCCAGCCUGGUUCAGCACCAGAUGACACACACAGGAGAGAAAUGCUUGAAAUGUCCUGACUGUGGGAAAAGUUUUGGUCAGAAUUCUAGUCUGAUUAAACACCAGAGGAUUCACACAGGAGAGAAACCCUUUGAAUGUCCUGACUGUGGGAAAAGUUUCAGUCAUAAUUCCAGCCUGGUUCAACACCAGAGAGUUCACACAGGAGAGAAACCCUUUGAAUGUCCUGAUUGUGGGAAAUGUUUCAGUCAGAAUUCCAGCCUGGUUCAACACCAGAGGAUUCACACAGGAGAGAAACCCUUUGAAUGUCCUGACUGUUGGAAAAGUUUCAGUCAUAAUUCCAGCCUGGUUCAACACCAGAGGACUCACACAGGAGAGAAACCCUUUGAAUGUCCUGACUGUGGGAAAAGUUUCAGUCAGAAUUCCAGCCUGGUUCAACACCAGAGGACUCACACAGGAGAGAAACCCUUUGAAUGUCCUGACUGUGGGAAAAGUUUCAGUCAUAAUUCCAGCCUGGGUAAACACAAGAAGACACACACAGGAGGGAAACUGUACGAGUUUCCAGACUGUGGGAAAGAUCUCAUUACUAGGGUUAAUAUUAUCAAUGAUGUCCUUAUACACAAAGGGGAGAAACUAUUUUAGUGUCCUGAGUGUGGAUGGUGCUUCAGGAAAUAUUCCACCCUUUUUGCACACAGAAAAAUCCACAUGACGGCGAAAUGAUAAGUGUAGAGAAGGCUUGAAUUUCAUUUCUGAUGUCCCAUUAUAAGUGCAGCUGAGAUAUUGGCUAUUUAAAUUGAUUAAAUUAAUUAGAAUUUGCCUGAUUUUUUGUAGGCAAAUAUGUAAUGGUAUUAGAUGGGGCAGAGGAAAGAAAAAGUUGGAACAUAUUACUUUGAUAAUGGCUAUCUUGCUUUCAGCAUAAGAAGUUGCUGGAUAUUUAUUUUUGUAGAAAUUGGGCAAUUAUGGAAAAAUCUUUUUGGGAGUGUUCUUUGCAUUUUUGUGAUAGUGGAUAGUCCCCCCAAGAUUAUCAGCCUCAGAAUUCUCCAGCCAGCAUCUCUUGGGGAUUGGAGCACAGAGAUUAUAGUUAAAGAGAUUUUAGUUCUUCAUAUAAGGAGAAAACAAGAGGAGAAGACAAAUGAGGGCUUUUUUUAUUAUUAUUGAAAAAGUUUUAUUCAAGAAAAAAAACACAAUUUUCCCACAACCCUCCCACCCAUCCCCCAUCCCCCUCCCCGACUUCCCAGAGCAGAACACAAGGUAUUUCAGUUAACUUUUAACAAUAAACUAAGUUGCUUAACUAUCCAUUAAACUAACAUCCCCUCUUAAAAAAAAUUCUUAACCCCCCCAUAGAUAAAUUCAUGCUUCUUGGAUAUAUUACUUCUAAAAUCACUCAUAUAACACUUAUACCAUUAAAGAUUCAUUCAUAAGCUAUUUGAUAUUUUUUAGUCUGAUACUUAUUUUGAAUAUAAUCAAUCCAUCUUCUCCAAUCCAAUAUAUAUCUUUCUUGUGUAUGAUCCUUUAAGUGUGCUGAGAUUUUAGCCAUUUCGGCUAAGUUAGUUACUUUCAGUAUCCAAGCAUCAAUAGUAGGCAAAAAGUCCUUCUUCCAGUGUUGUGCUAUCAACAAUCUUGCUGCUGUUAUUAAAUUCAGGAUCAGUUUAGUCUCUAGAACUGUACAGUCCGUAGUUAUACCCAGUAGAAACAAGUGCGGGGUAAAUUUCAAUCUUUUUAAAAAAAUAUUCUGUAUCACCCACCAAGAGGGCUUUUUUUCAAUGUUCUUUUCCUACCCUGUUUUCCCGAAAAUAAGACAUCCCCUGAUUAUAAGCCCAAUCGUGCUUUUGAGCGCAUGGCAGUAAGGCCAAGCACUUAUUUCAGGAUUCAAAAAAAUAUAAGACCGGGUCUUAUUUUUGGGGAAACACGAUAACAAAAAUUCAGUGCACCAAGCAUGUCUGUUCAGAUUGUGUCAAGAAUGAGGCACCCAAGUGGAAGAAACCACAUGAAUAGCAAAUAUAUUGGGGGAGUUUAGAGCACUGAUAAAAGCAGUGUAAAAUUUCAGAUGUAAAGGCUGUUCUGCCCUGCAGUUGACCUUCAUGGUUCAAAAGCCAAAAGAAGCAAUUUGAUUGAAACGUGUCAGUUGCUACAUAUUCCUUUUCUCCCCAGAUUUUAUUCCAUUUGUGGUACAUGCUUUAAAACUGGUUCUCCUUAAUAUGAGGGUGGCCUUGUGAUUUUAUGGAUACCUUCUUUUCUUGGAACAUGGAACUCUUAUGCCAUUGCUGUCUUCUGUGAUAUUUUUUUACCUAGCAAACAUUUCCUAGUGAUGUACCAUCUAUUUAUUAUCCUGGAAGAACUGGGCUUAACCUAGGAUUUUUUUUUACUAAUAGCUAUUGAGCACCCUUUGAGAUGUUCAGUUUUAUAGAUAGUCCUCGCUUAUCGCUUACUUAUUUUAUCAAAAUUAUAUUGGUGCUGAAAAA